GAUAACGGUUUCCGGUAGCGGUCUGGGUGGGACUGGGUAGAGGAGGUCGUGAGCCAGUGCUCAGUGACCUUGGCCUCCAGUCACGCAGGGAUGAUGGGCUGUGAAGAGUCGGAGCUGGAGUUGGUGGAAGGGGAAGAGGCCAUGGCGGUCCCGGGGUCUCCCCCAGAACCCCGCGUCCCGGAGCCCGGAGCCCCAGUGCCCGAACCCGGCCUGGACCUGAGCCUAAGCCCGAGCCCGCGGUCCGAGAGCCCCAAACGGCUGAACUGCAGCCCGGGGCGGCGGAAGGGGCGGGCGGAGCGGCGGGGCGGGGCCCGCAAGGGGCGGCAGGUCCGCUUCCGCCUGGCGCCACCCUCCCCGGUCCGGUAUGAACUGCUGCCGGCCGUCGCUGCACCAAUCGAGAAGCCCGCAGCUGUGCAGGACCUGGGGGCUCCCGCGCCGCAGAGCAGCCUGGCCCUGAGCCUUGAGUUGCAGGCCGCGCGGGCCGCAGCCGCGGGUCAAUUCGAUGCCACAAAGGCCGUGGAGGAACAGCUGAGAAAGUCGUUCCAGACCCGCUGCGGCCUGGAGGAGAGCGUGGCUGAGGGGCUGAACGUGCCGCGCAGCAGGCUGCUCUUCCGGGACCUGGUGAGCCUGCAGGUACCCGAGGAACAAGUUCUGAACGCGGCGCUGAAGGAGAAAUUGGCGCUUUUGCCGCCGCAGGUCCGAGCCCCGCCCCCAAAGGAGCCACCUGGGCCAGGGCCAGACAUGACCAUCCUGUGUGACCCAGAAACAUUAUUUUAUGAAUCUCCAUACCUAACCCUGGACGGUCUGCCCCCUCUCCGGCUCCAACUCCGGUCCCGCCCUUCAGAGGAUACCUUCCUCAUGCAUCGGAUACUGAAGCGAUGGGAAGCUUAGGCCUGGAAUUGCUAGUUCAUAUUUUUGUGUUAAAACUAUUAGAAUAAAGUGGUUUUGCUAACAAA